AGUCGCAGCAGCUCCUCAGGAGGUUAUUUAUAGUUUCAUAAACCAGGAGCCGCUAACAGAGAAAUAAAAACAGUUUACAGCGAGUUUACAGUUUCAUCUGAAGCGACACAUCCGGAGCUGAUGGCGGGAGGAAAUCUACAGAAAGCGAUCGAUCUGGCCAGCAAAGCUGCAGCCGAGGACAAAAACAAAAACUACGAGGAGGCGCUCAAACUUUACCAGAACGCCGUGCAGUACUUCCUCCAUGUCAUCAAAUACGAGGCUCAGGGCGACCGAGCGACUCAGAGCAUCAGAGCCAAGUGUGCCGACUACCUGGACCGAGCGGAGCAGCUGAAGGAAUAUCUGAAGAAGAAGGAGAACGCUCCUCCGGCCAAACCGGUCAAAGAGUCAGACGGGAAUGAGAGUGGUGAUGGAGAAGACGCAGAGAAAAAGAAGUUCCAGAAUCAGCUCUCAGGUGCCAUCGUCAUGGAGAAGCCAAACAUUAAGUGGGACGACGUCGCCGGACUGGAAGGAGCCAAAGAAGCUUUAAAAGAAGCCGUCAUCCUGCCCAUCAAGUUCCCUCAUCUGUUCCAAGGGAAGCGGACUCCUUGGCGAGGGAUUCUUCUGUUCGGACCUCCCGGAACGGGGAAAUCUUACCUCGCCAAGGCGGUGGCCACAGAAGCCAACAACUCCACCUUCUUCUCCAUCUCGUCCUCCGACCUGGUGUCCAAGUGGCUCGGGGAGAGUGAGAAGUUGGUGAAGAAUCUGUUCACUCUAGCCAGAGAACACCGGCCGUCCAUCAUCUUCAUCGACGAGAUCGAUUCGCUCUGCGGCUCCAGGAGCGAGAACGAGAGCGAGGCGGCGAGACGGAUCAAGACCGAGUUCCUGGUCCAGAUGCAAGGUGUUGGGAACAACAACGAGGGAGUUUUGGUGCUUGGAGCCACAAACAUACCGUGGACCCUGGACUCUGCCAUCAGGAGGAGGUUUGAGAAGAGGAUCUACAUCCCUCUGCCGCAGGAGCACGCCCGCUCCUUCAUGUUCAAGCUCCACCUGGGCUCCACGCCCAGCCAGCUGACGGAGGCCGACUUCGUGGCUCUGGGGAAGAAGACGGACGGAUACUCUGGAGCAGACGUCAGUAUCAUAGUGAGAGACGCUCUGAUGCAGCCGGUCAGGAAGGUUCAGUCAGCCACACACUUCAAGAAGGUUCGUGGGUCGUUAUGGACCGACCCGGACAAGGUGGUGGACGACCUGCUGACUCCGUGUUCUCCGGGGGAUCCCGGCGCCGUGCCGAUGACGUGGGUGGACGUCCCCGGGGAGAAACUCCUGGAGCCGGUGGUUUGCAUGGAGGACAUGCUGAGGUCUCUGAGCAGCACCAAGCCCACGGUGAACCAGCAGGACCUGGACAAGCUCCAGAAGUUCACUGAGGACUUUGGUCAAGAAGGUUAAUAAUACUCACUCUGCUCAUCAAUACGACUGCAACUAACAAACAUGUUCACUGACAUUUAUACUAUUUUAUUCAUCUUCUGUGUCAAACUGUCAAAAAUUUGUGGAAAAAUCACAGGUUACUGGAGCCAAACGCUCCUUAAUCUGAUUAGUGGCCAAAGUAAAUAUUUCUUACAGAUUUAUAGGAACAGAAAACUGGAAAAUCAACUUGAUUAAUCAAUGAUCAGAACAUUAACCCUCCGAACCCUCUGAAACAUGUUUUCUUUAAAAGAUCAAAAAUACACAAUUUAUCGUAGAAAGAAACUGUAAAAACGGGCAUUAUCGCCGAAUUUGGACUUUCUGACGGUCCUUGAACAGAUCAUAGGUUACGCAGAAAGUUUCUGUUAGAAAAAGUGACCAAAACGAGGCUUAAAAUAGUGAUAUUUCUGUCAGAAUCUUUAUUCUACAUGUGCCAUUUAAAACACUUGGAAAAUGUUUUUUUCCUCUUUUUUUUCUGAUUUCUGUCAUUCUAACUGUGUUAUUCAGCACAAAGACAAGUUUGAGUUGUUCCCACUUCUAGCCAUGAUUGUUUUUGAUUCCAUAGAGCUGCAGGACUUAUAGAUUUAUAUAGGUUUUAUAUAUUGCAGUGAAAUACAAGGAUAGAGAGGAAAAUGUAAAAAGAGCAAAAAAGUCCCUGAAACUGCUAGUUGGGGUUCAGAGGGUUAAUUAAUUACAUUAGACAAUCAAUGAAUCAGCUGUUUCAGCACUUAUGUGUCGUGUUUACAUCUGCACUCUUGUAACGUUUUCUAUUUACUUUCUUUAUUAUUUUUACUAUAGUUGAAACCAGAAGUUUACAUACACUAUAUAAAAAGACACAUAUG